AUGAAGCACCACUUUCCAGACCGUAGGGGAGAACAGUCACCCAUGGACCAGUCCACCCUCAGCCUGGCCAGCCCAGAGUCCAUGGAGGAGAGCACAGAAGUUGUGGCACUGAUAAAAAUGUCCUUCUACUUCCCAGGGCCCGUGAAGAGAGAGCAGCUGUCUCCACGGCCAGGCCCAGCCAUUCCCCAUGCAGAGAACAUCUACUUCUCGGGCAGGGGUCGGGGGAUGUUGAGCUGGAGCAGCUCGCCAUCAUCCCAGUCAUCCUCUGAGUACCAGUCCUACUCCCAGUACCAGUCUUGCUAUUCCUGCACUUAUGGGGACCAGGACGCUGCCCAGCAGAGCAUGUGUGCCUUCUACACCCACGUGCAGACCGUGCAGGGUGUGGCUGUGGCCUGGGAGACUGACAGUGGCUUCGAGCCAGUCACCCGACAGCCCCGCAUCCACGAAGCUGAGUUCAUCAAGAGGCAGAGGCGGAAAGGCUCCUCUUUUGAGAUGGCUUCCAAUACGGACCUGCGCUGGGAACUGGAAGCCAGCAAGAACAACACCAGCUCAGAGCCAGAGGACACGGAGCUGCUGGCGCCCCUGGAGUGCUGCCUGCAGGAGCUGCGGGACACCCCAGACUGGCUGGUCACCACCAACUACGGGCUGCGGUGCGUGGCCUGCUGCCGGGUCUUCCCCACGCUGGAGGCACUGCUGGAGCACGCCCAGUAUGGCAUCCAAGAGGGCUUCAGCUGCCAGAUCUUUUUUGAGGAGAUGCUGGAGAGAAGGAGGGCCCGGGACCAAGGGCAGGAACAAGAGCCAGAGGAGGCGCAAGAGAACGCUUCGGACAACAGUGAAUGUCCAAGGCCCCGUGUCAAGCUGCCUUCGUCACAGUCACAGUUGCAGAAGCACUGA